AUGACGAUCCUUCUCAAGAAGCGGUUUUUCAUGGUGGAGGUCGGCGACUUUAUGCCCUUCCUCUCUGGAUCCAAGGGCAUAAUAACCGGUUCCUCACCCCAGCCAAUUCCACAAUUGCCAGCAGAAACGGCCAUAAAAGGGGCCAGAAGACGAAUUGGCCAAUUUCACUUCAGAGACGGAAAGUUUCGCAAUAAAAGACAAACAUGUCACUCUACAUGA